CAGCCGCAGAUUAUUGCUGUUCGAUUUAAAAUUAACUCGUUCAAAACAAACACAAACUAUUGUAAAAAUUUACUUUUUACAAAAAAUUUAGUUGGUUUUUAGGUCUAAAUUAUUUUUUCAUUUCAAAAAGAAGUUCAGAGAUUUUGAUAGAUAUGGGCCUGCUUGAUUUGAUUCGAAAAAUGAAACAGAAAAACAAAAAAGAACUUAGAAUUCUUUUACUUGGUCUUGAUAAUGCUGGGAAAACUACCAUAUUAAAAUCAUUAGCUUCCGAGGAUAUUAGUCAUGUUACACCUACUCAGGGAUUUAAUAUCAAAUCAGUACAAUCUCAGGGAAUUCUUCUUAAUGUUUGGGAUAUUGGAGGUCAAAAGACAAUUCGAUCUUAUUGGAGGAAUUAUUUUGAAAAUACAGACGUUCUGAUUUAUGUCAUUGACAGUGCUGAUCGCGCUCGAUUUGAAGAAUCUGGCAUGCAAUUAGCUGAACUUUUAGAAGAAGAAAAGCUUAUCGGAACUCCUGUUCUUAUUUUUGCUAAUAAACAAGAUCUCUUGCAUGCUGCAAAGUCUUCAGAGUUGAUGGAAGGUCUAAAUUUGAAUAGCAUUAAAGAUCGAGCGUGGCAAAUUCAAAUGUGUUCAGCGAUUAGCGGUGAAGGUCUUUCGAAUGGUAUGGAAUGGAUUCGGAAAAAUAUUAAAACUUAAUCGAUAUUUUCAACUUUUCUUUGUUUAAUUCUUUUCGAAGAACUUUUUAUCUUUGUUGUU